ACUCAAACUUUAGAGACUCAGACUUUAGAGACUCAGACAGUAACGAGAACAAGACAGACUGAGAAUCACGAUGGACGAGUUCAAAUAGAUUCAAAUGUCUUCAUUUGUUCUCCUGACGCUUCAGUUUACAGGUAAGAUUCCACACAUCACAUCUACAAAACAACAACUUCAUCUAAACUAUUAAAAAUGAGUUACCGUUGUUAACUGACGUGCUCUGAUCAGGCUUUGGAGAGUGGUAAUACUUCCCACGAUGAACUUAGUUUUCCAUGAGCCCGAAGAGCAUGUGUUGAGUGUGUGAGAGCUUUAUCUGGUCAUUCACAAAACAAAACACUUCCCCAUCAUUCCCCCGUUAAUAACACCAAGCUGCAGUGAGGAACCAACAGUUCAAACUGAAUCACGUAUCAUGAGUCUCAGGCGUCAGAUACUGAUGGGUGUGGUGUUGUCACGUUUGUGCGUCUGUGUGGUGUCAAACACCACAGAGACUUUUCUACUCGGCUGUAUUUUAGGGCCAUAGUCGCACAGUCCCAGCACAGCUUAAUGCGGCCAGAUAGGACACAUUUUUACACGUAUUUUCCUUACCAAACAGAAAAGUCUGACUUUACACCUUCUGAAUUCACGUUUCUCGCUGAACUGCCUCAUGAACUCGCUGUAAAACACACUUCAUUCGCAGGAGACAGAAACUAAACAAAACUCACCGAAACCAUCUUGGUUUGUCUUUCCACGAUCACAUCUGGUUUGGUUGAAGUAAAUUCUCAAGUCACCAAGUAAGAUGUAAAUAUUCUGGCUUCACGUGCCAUUUUCAUGCACUGCUGAUGUCCGGAUCUCUAUGCUCCAUGUUCCAGAUCUUCUCAUCCCCCUAAGUCAUCAAACUGACCUCUGUAGGCUUCUGAGGCCAUGUCCUGUCUCAGUCUGGUGUCCAGGUGUGUUCACUGGGCCCCUGUGCCCACUGUGACCCCACCCAUGAUCCGAGGCUGGGGCCCAGGCUACGACUACUGAGCUACUAGAUGACAGUAGCUAAAGCUACAGCCAAGGAUAACGAGGCAAAGACCAUAUUGAGCAGCAGUGUUGGAGCUGCCUUCAAAUUCUGGCCAUAUUUUACACAUUUUUAGUCUGAUCACUUUACUGCUGAAAUACUUUUUCUUUGAGCCUUUUUAAUUUACUCAGCUCAGCCUGCUACCCUGAGAAUUCAGUUGUAAUCAGAAUUAGCUCUUAAAAUUCAAAUACUUUAAAGGGCACAGAAAGCAAGAAAAUCACAUGAUUCCAUUUCAGACGCAGUAUGAAUGCAGUUUGAUUAUAAACAGGAAGUGCUUUGACUCUGGAAAACCACAAGGAUGAGUUUGGUCAUCACUCACCAUAUUUAUCUGUGGGGCUGAAUAUGUCAUGUCCUUUAUCUCCACACUGAACCACAUCUGACUUUUAAAUACAUACAGUUUACAGAGAUGAAGCAAGAUGUGCACAGAAUGAGGAAGUGACACUUUAAUCAUACAGGAAGUAAACGCUGCGUCUCCCUUAAAGAAGAAAUACCUCAGAACCUUUGACAGUUUAGGGCGUGCGAGCAAAAGAGGGAAACACGAUGGCUGAAUUCACAUGGAUUAAAACGUCUUUAGUCGUGAUACUGCUGCUCCCGUUUACAGCUGUAAUCGGAGAACAUCAAAACUUCUCUGUGGCCAGAGUUGGAGAGGAAGUCACUUUGCCUUGUGAAAAUGUGUUAAAAGAUCAUCACAGAUGUGACAGCACUACAUGGAUCACCAAUCCUCGUGAGAAAAAAACAACAAAAGAGCUGGUUAAUCUCGGGCAGAUUAGGAAAAAUGAGAUUUCCAAAGACAAAUCAGACAGACUGAAUGUGACAGCAGGUUGUUCUCUGGUUAUAACAAACGUCACAGUCGAGGACGUCGGCCGUUACACCUGCAGACAGUUUAACAAGACAGGAAAACAACAAGGUCCAGAUGAUCCGGUUUAUCUGUCUGUUAUUAACUUGGAGGAACAUCAGACGAAUGAUUUGGUCAGGUUGGUCUGCUCCGUGUUGACAUAUGAAGGCUGUGGAUACUCAGUGAAGUGGCUGCAUGAUGAUGAUGAUAAGAGUAACGUGAUGCUGACACCUCAUGCCUGUGGAGCUUCUGUGGAGUUUAAAACUGCUCAUCACAAACACAAAUCAAACGUUUAUGACUCACUAAAGUGUAGCGUGACAGAUCAAAGGAGUGGACGAACGUUCCUGUACGAAGUUGACCCCGAGUCCUCAUCAGGAAUCAAACCAACAGGAGGACAGAAAACACCGUCUGCAGGGGAUUCAACUGCAGAACCGUGGAAGUGGUGGCACAUCGCUGUGGCUGUUUGUUUGGCUGCACUGCUACUUCUAAUCUUUGUGUUGGCCAUCAGAUGGAGGAAAACAAAAGGGAACAAAACACAGAUGGAUGAAAACAUUAAACAGACCUUAAAUCCUGCACUAACUCAGUCUGCACCGGAAACCAGUCAGGACAUGGCUGAUCCUGAAGAUUGCAUUUCUUAUGCUUCCAUCAGCUACACCAAGAAGAGCAGCAGCAACGCUCAGGUGUGUGGUAAAGAUGACAACGAUGAAGGUGCAGGUGCAGUGACAUACAGCACUGUGAAAGCUCGCUCUUCUUGUGCUGGAGCCUCUGCUGAGCUCAACAGCCUCUACGCAACCAUCAACAAGCCAAACUAACAAAAGGCCACAGUGUAGUUACAACUCGUAUCAGUACAUUCAUUUUACAUCGAAAACUAAACGUGAAACCUGUCUGUUAUUCCCUCAUACUGUGUUGUAUUGUUGAAUUGCAUAUGCACUCUGCACACUGCAGAAUCCUGCAGAGCAUUUAAUAUUUAUUUAUUCAUGUGCAUCAUGUGUCCACGGGUUUUUCUUUUACAGUCACUUUCAGGAAGUCAAACCUGGCAUCCCUGUGGCUGUUUAUUAUGGCUUACUUUCCUGUGUUGCUGUAAACACAUUUUUGUCCAGAGGGGGGAGCUGUAAGUUAAGUUACUAUUGCAGUGUAAAAGUAACAGUCCAAUAUUCAUAUGGCUGUUUGACAUAUAAAAAUGAUACCAUUUGCUCAAUGAAUCGCUGUCAGACACAUUUUUGUGGUGUGAUGUGUGUACUGGUGAGUGAUAGUUCAAGGGGAGGGAUUUUUUACAUUUUUUUUGUUUUUUAGUUUUUAUUUUAUUUUUAACUUUCACAAAGCACAUUUCCUCUGUAGUUGCGUUAUAUGCAAUUGCUUACCUCUGAAAUAUCAUGCUGUCAUUGUGCUUCCAAGCGCAUUUUGGACCUUUUAUUAAAAGUGAAAAUCUGUCUGUGUUUUGUGAGGUGUGUGAUAGAAAACAGUUUUAUUGGUGUUCUCCAAUAAAUUGUAGUAAAUGUA